AUGCCUUUGCAAGCGGCAUGGUGCUUCGUGCGAACCGCUGACCGGUUUAGAUUGGGGGCGGAUCGGCGGUAUGUGCUGCAUUCGCAUGUGUUCCCAGCGGGGGUGCGAGCUGCCUUGACAGGAUCGCCCUUCCUUGGACAUCUCGGGCCCGAUCAUUCUGCUGAUGAGUUCUCGGACCAGCUGGCCAACCUAGAGGGCCACGUCUUAAGCCUGAUAUUGGUGAAGGAGCUCUGGAGUCCAUCCCCGCUUACGUAUUUAACAGACGAGCAAAUAUUACACCAAGAUUUCUGGCGGCGGCUUGGCGUGAAAGAUCCAUUGUUUUUUUUCGAGGUUGUCGAUGUGGCAAUGUUGCAGCAGCCUUGCCGGGUAUUUCAGCAUCUGGGGGGGGCGCGCCCACGGGCUACAUUUUUUCAAAUGAGCGUGGCAUCGCGGCGACGCCUGGGCGACGCCAUUUUUGAUGGAGACCGCAACGUUGAGCAAACUUUUAAUGCAUGGGCAGCCCGGCACGGGCAGCUCUUGGAUGGUGAUGCAAACGACGUUGGACAGCUUCGAUGUUGCAUCGCGCUACACGUGCCGACAGCUGUGCUGAUAUCUGAAGGCAAAUGGAGAUCUUUUUGUAUCCCCUGGACGACGGGCAAACAUGGCGGUGGCGCAGGCUUCCACCUAGUUCGGCAUAUCAUGUUGGGUGACCGGCCAGAAGUCGAUGAUAAUGAGGAUGAUCAGAACCCUGCGCAUGUUUUGUCGCCCGAUUUGCUUCAGGGCUUGAUCAACACAAUGCAGCUCUUGGUCCAGAACAAUCCUUUGCAAGCCAACGAUGUGACCUUCUAUGUUGAUUGGGCCCAGCGGCUGAGGACUGACGUGGUGCGCCACUCCCACAUGCGCGGUGAGAAAGCGCACCGCAUGGAGCACCUCAUCAACUGUCUGAUGCUAGCAGCUUUGGGCAAGGAUGCGCAUCGGCUUCGCGAUACCGUCGCACGCGCCCUCGCAGCGUCGGUGAUUCAAGACAGUGUGCGACAAUACUACAGAAAUAUCCUAGACGAACCCCGUCGAAUACCUUCGGCCACAAGCAUUUAUCGACACCGCCUCACAGUUCAUUUGGGAUUCUGCCGCCUGGUCGCUGAGCACACCGAAGAGCUUUUGAAUGGGCCAGGCGGCGCGUGCAGGUGGGGCACGUUGGACAGCAGCCAGCAAGCGAACCACGAUCUCCUCUACCACGGCAGCGUCACCAUGGCCGCAUAUGACUUGUCUGCUCGGUUUGAGGAUGCGCUGGAAGUGAUUCGCAUGGCCGCCCUUCCUCCAGAUCAGCAAGAUGGUUCUUUGCAAGUCCGCUUUGGACGUUUGGCUUCGGCUUUGAAGCUUCGUGCUGGGGUGCCAGUCGGAGUGGGCUCUGGCAAGAGCUCGCUGCGGCGCAAGAUGCAUGCUCUUGUUCACGGUUGCCUCCUGACAUCCUCAUCGUGGAAGGGGGCGGCAAGACUCAUCACAUCGACCUUCGCUUGGACUGGCGACCUGGGCACUGACUCGGGCAUCACGCAGUUCGCCGAGAGCAUGCGCACCUUGUUUGGCGAGUGGGUCGUCCAAGCAGAUGCCCCCCCGGCGCCUCGACCGGGCAUGAGUGAAAUACCCAGUGCAAGUAUGCUGACGCUUGCCUCCUUCGCUGGCUGA